GAGAGCUCGCCUUCGUAUUAUUCCAGGUUCAGUGUUCACUUGUGCUGUCGUCUUAUCGAAUGGCGAUUCAUCAAAACUUACUGAUUCGGUAUAACGACAUUGAGUGGUUUUAUAUCAUUCUAGCCCAGCUUUAUGUUAACUAAAAUCAACUAAGUAAGCGUCACAUUUCCAGCUUCAACCAUAAACAAGUUAUUGUACUAGUAGCCUCGAUUUCUUUGCUGCACCCACUCCUUAAAGUAUAUAUAUAUAUAUAUAUAUAUAUAUAUAUAUAUAUAUAUAUAUACAUAUAUAUGCAUAACGUAAUUAUUAUUCGCAUUAACAGUAACUGCACCGUAGCGGACUGAUUCCACGAAGAAAAAUACCUUUGAACAGUGGGGUGCGGAGCUCAAUUAUAUUACUAACAUUGGGAGGUGCUUUAGAUGAGUUGUUAAGGGGCAUAAAUGGACGUCAAACACAGGAUUUGUUCAGGAAUCUAGAAUCAUUCCAAAUUAUUGUGGCAAGACUUAUGCGAAAAAAGCUAUCGUAACGCCGUAUUAAAUAUUUCUAUAUGAUUGCGACGAUCAUCUGUUUACUUGUCACUCUCUUUGUGCUAUAGCAUUAAGAGAGCGACACUGUCAAAAGAGCGUUACAUUGUCGCUUUUAUGAACAGCAUAUGGAUAGGGUAAAAAGCGGGUUAGCCUGACAAAGCACUAAUUGACCUAUCGUUUUGGAAAUUUUCUUUUGCAAGUCAGUGAUAUAGAUAACGAUACAAUAUUUCAAUAAUUGAUUCCGAAAUGAAACGGAUGCUUAAGAUAUUACGCAAACCGUUUAUGUCUAUUUUUCACCAGUAUACUUAUUUUUGCAGAAAGUUUGCAGAAAGUGAGGUGCCUGUGAUUGUUGACAUUGCAAACUUUUACAUUACGAAACAAUGGGGCUUCCUUGCGGACUCAAGCUCGACUAAACAUAUCGAACGACGCGCUCAACCUUCUGAGUAGAAAAGCAAUCUUAUACUUGUAACCGUAUCUAGAUAAAACGAACGCACUAUCAAUCAGCCGCUACGUGACGUCAGCCAACGCUGCUACUUGUCGAUAAUUAAACGGAUGUUUUACGCUGAACAUUUUUGGUUCAGGACCGCGGCACUUGCAUAUAGGCUUAACUAUUUUGAUGUUACUCAAAAUUCCUGGUUGCCCAUUCCCGUUUACUCCUUGAACUCAUAAUAGCAUAGAAAGUGUGUAAAUGCAGCAGUUUUUUUUUUACCGGGAAAGCCAAAACCCCUAUUUUACGCGAAAAGCUAGCUCUGUCGUUAAAAAUCGGGCUAAAAAAUAGAUCGCUUUCAAUAAGAUUGAAGCUUAAUUAACUAAAGAAUUUAUGGGGAAAGGUGCCCUGCGUGGGAUACAGUCAGAUAUAUAAAACAUGGCUAACAAGACAAUCUGACUAGAAGUCAUUAUAUUUAGAACUAAACAAAAAUAUAUACCGGUCUUCUUUUAACAGUUUUUGGUAAAAGUGUUAAAAAAAAUACUAAAAAUUGUUCUUAGAAUCUUUCAUAGGUGCUGGUAGGAAGGCGACGGCUAAGCACGGGCCACAGUAUCUGUGGGCCGGCAGAAACUAGUAUGGCGCAUACAAAAUAUGGCGCGAAUGUAACACUUUCGUAUAUCGGGGACUGGUCUGGUCCGCCUCCUGCGAACGCAAGUCAUCGCUCUCGAAACGCCGGACUCAUUAGGCCGUGCACUAACGCUGCUGUCAAGCUGACCAAUGAAAAAUUUGACCAAAAUCUCACUGUUCUCCUCAUUGCUGUCGGAUAUAGCAGAGUGGACCCUAUACCCGGUGGAUGUGCAUUGGAGUUUCCCUUACGAAUAUCACCAUUUCUUCGCCUUCAGUUGGCUUCGCCCACCGAGAUUAGUCUUGAGUUUCAGCAUGCUCGAGCUGGCAGCCUCAUGCAGCAUCCCACAUCGUGCUCUGUCAGCUUUUCUUUACUUAGUUACGAGAUCUAUUUGUAUUAUCUGACACCCAGUGAAGACUACCACGAAGCACUUCAGUUAAUGAGUGAUUCACGACGUAUGCCACGUCAUGCAACUCGAGUGCACGCGUCAGAGACGCCGCGAACCCGCACUCUUUUCGUAGCUUAUCCCCAGACGAGGGCAAUUUACAGUGUUCUUGUGCGUCAACUCUACAGGAGUGGUUAUGAAACUUCUGCGGCUUACACCCCAGUAGCGACCCUAGGUUGUGCCGAUUACCCUGAUCUAGCUACUUGCCGAACGUCGACAAGCUCGGUUGUAGCUUUAGCCUUGGUCACAGCCUUAGCUCUACGCAUGACACUUGCCGGACACCGCUUCCUCAAGACACAAAUUACGGCUGCUUCAUUCCUGCUGUUUCUGUUAGCCUUCGAGCCUCUGCUAAUACCGGUCGCUGCGGUUCUUGCUUCAGCCCUAGGCUCUUUGUUUUUUCUAGGCCUGUGGUUCUUUUUCGGAAUUCCCGUUUUGGCUGUCAUACCGUCGGGAUUUCUUUUGGGCCUGCUAGUUGCUGCAUUUCUCUCGUUCACUCCCCUUGGAAACGUCUUGCUACUUCGGUCGGCGUUUGCGUUUCGCACCAUGACCAUCUGCAGCAUGUUGAGUAUUACAGCGUUAUUGCUACCGACCACUCAGUUGCUUAGCAUCGUUGCCUCAUCAGUAGUUGGAUCAUUCUGCAGUCUGUACGCUGUCGAUCGUGUGUUCCUGCAUUCGACCUUCUCUAAUAUCGUCGAUGUGGCUCGAGCACGUUUUGAAGCAACUACAUCUAUAUACACCCACAAUCAGGUUCCAUUUGCUAUGGUAGACGUUGUAUUCAUCUUACUGUGGUUGGUUCUUUUGGUUGCGGGCGUUGUGAUUCAGUAUCGAGACAAUCUGGAAAUUGACCGCGAGUUUCCGGUUGCCCCUAUAAAAUUAUUAAAAAGGUACUUGCGGCGACAAAAGGGUCGACUGAUUUGUACUUGUGUUAGCCGUUAUGACGAUGAUGCGAGCCUUCUAAUGCAAGAUAAUGCCGACGAGUUCCUACCUCCUGGAUAUAGCACUUUUCACGGACGAAAUAUUCUAAUAUGACCAUUAGUUGUUUAAAUUUAUAAUGGGUUUUAAUAAUGAUAUAAACAAGCCAUCUAGAGUUAAACGAGGAUGUGUUCUUCUUGGGAGCACAACCAUGUUCUUCUGCUAUCUGGCGAGAUUUGCUCAUACCCCAUAAUAGUUAGCACAAAUACAGAGGAACUAUCAGUAUUCUGUAAAUUUGAAAAUAGCAGAGGAUUUCCCGUCCAACCCAUGUCAAUAACAUAGCACGGAUGCUUACUCAUCGUUUAACAGAUAUUCGCAAACCUCAUGUUACUACAAUCGGUCUCUUGAUAUGUGCAACCAAUUACCGAAUUGUUUCUCUGUCGCAGAAAGAACUACAUUUUAUGAUACGAAUUUUCCCGUAAAACGAAUGAGCGUUUAGAUGUAUACAUACUCAUAUUAUUUGUUAGUACUUGUUUAUUCAUCAAGAUUUUAAUCAUGUGUCUAAGUUAAACAGCUAUUUCUUACGCUAACAAAGCUAAAUUAUUCAGAUUUAUCUAGGGAGUAGAUUCAAAAAGGCAAAGCUUACGAGAUUCGUCGAAGGUGGUGUACCUUUGACAGAAUCUCCAAAUAUGGAGCUGUUUCCUUUAAGGUAUGAUAAUAUUUGCUUCAUCCCUAAAUCAUCGGAUGUGUUCGCUGUGAGAGUUUAUGUUCACAACUGUAAAUAGGUUAUAUAUAAACCUAGUAGUCAUAUUAGAAAUGGAGAUAACAGAGAUUAUUUUGUAUGUAUGACACAAGAGAAUGUAUUAAUAAUAAACUUAUAUUUAUG